UCAUAGAGAACUUUGUAAAUUAGCAGUUCCGUGUUCGAUUGAAAAAUUCACAUAAAAAAACGCGAUUAAAAUACAUUUGCAUGUACUUUCACUUGAUUUGUUUGCACGCCACAUGUAUUGAGCAGGACAGUCGUGUACAGUUGUAGUAAGCUUAGAACAUUCGCAUUCAUAUACGUAUGCGUUUCAUUAUUUUUCAUCUGAACUGGACCAUAUUUUGAUAACGUACGUAAAAUGGCUUUUUUGGCAUCGAGUAAUUUUAAAAAUCUAAAUAAAAUUCGACUCCUCUACCUAACCGGAGGUAGGGCGGCAGUUAGGAAAUUCUCGUCAGAAGAGGGAUGCGCCAAAGGAAACCUGAAAGGGCUGGUACUCGGUAUGUUCGAGAAGGAGUCGGACACCGAUGAACCUAAGCUAACUACAUGUGGAGAGAAAUUUGAUGAUAGGGUAUCAGGAAAAUUGUGUGAAUUAUGCAGAGAAACUAAUCUUGAUGGCACGCUGGGCAAGGGAAAAGUCUUUAAUAAUGUGGAUCAAGAGUUCCGGUCAAUCGCGGUUGUUGGACUGGGGCGUGAUGGUGUUGGCUACAACGAGUUAGAAGCCAUCGAUGAGGGCAUGGAAAAUGCAAGAAUAGCCGCUGCGGUUGGUGCAAAAAAAUUACAGAAGCAAGGAUGUACAUCUAUUCAUGUGGACGGAAUGGAAUAUCCAGAACAGGCUGCUGAAGGAGCAGCAUUAGCUGCUUGGCUCUAUCAGGAUAAUAAACGUAAACAGGAUCGCAAACCGGUGCCAAAAUUGGACUUGUACGAAUCACCUGAUGUCGAUUCAUGGACACGUGGUCUAUUUAAGGCCGAAGCACAGAAUCUUGCACGACGUUUAACUGAUACACCGGCAAAUCAGAUGACUCCCUCAACGUUUGCUCAGGCAGCGGUUGAUGCCCUAUGUCCGUGCGGUGUUAAUGUCGAAGUUCGAAACAUGGAUUGGAUUGAGACACAGGGGCUCAAUUCAUUUCUUACGGUUGCUCGAAGUUCCUGUGAACCCCCCAUAUUUCUUGAGAUGACCUAUUGUGGCGCAUCUACUGAAGAGAGACCUAUCCUUCUUGUGGGAAAGGGGAUAACUUUCAAUAGUGGUGGUCUUUGCCUGAGGUCGCCGCACGAGUUAUCCGAUUGCCGAGGAUGCAUGGCCGGUGCAGCGGUUGUGGUAGCUACGAUUAGGGCAGCAUCUGCGUUGUCGUUGCCAAUUAAUAUUACAGGAGUGGUUCCGCUUUGCGAGAAUAUGCCUUCCGGUAUGGCAUAUAAGGUCGGUGAUAUAAUAACUUGUUUGAAUGGAAAGACCUUGGCCAUACAUGACACGUCUAAAGCUGGAGUGGUGAUAAUGGCAGACACAUUGACAUACGCGCAGAACACAUAUAAACCGAAACUAAUUGUGGAUGUCGCAACAAUAUCAUCGGGUGUGAAGAGGUCAUUAGGUGGUUCGGCUGCGGGGAUUUUCUGUAACUCGCAUUAUGUUUGGAAGCAAUUCCAUAAGGCGGGGGCAUUGACAGGAGACCGUGUUUGGCGCCUUCCUCUGUGGCAGUAUUAUACCAAGAAGGUCAAAGAUUAUCUGAGUGUUGAUGUUAGUAACCGUGGUCAUGGACGAGCAUCAGCCUGUUUAGCCGCAGCUGUACUGAAGGAAUUCGUUCCAUGUACCGAUUGGGCACAUUUGGACAUUCGAGGUGUCGGAAUGUUGGCCCAUUCGAACGCUAUUCCAUACUUGGCUAAAGGUCGCAUGACUGGUAGACCUACACGCACCCUAAUACAGUUCCUCUAUCAGAUGGCGUGCCCUGAGGAGCAAGUUAAGGACUUAAGGAAUACGUAAAAACGAGUGUAGAAUACACAAAUCAAAAUCAGCGUAUGAGCACAAUAUGGAAGAGGAUGUGCUUGUUUCGUAUUCGUUUAAGUAGCAAGAGAUAAAUGGACCUUGCGAAUGUGGAUGUGUGCCGAACACUGUAUUUAAAAAAGUCUCAAAUUUCCUCUGAAAAUAUUUAUGAUGGAUAAUGAAUCUUAAGAUAUAUAUACGAAAUUGUUAAUGUGUGACAAAUUUUGCGUAGAUCGAGAUGUUUAUUUGCUGUUUUAUAUCAAUUUAAAAUAUUGUCUUGUGUAAUAAAAAAUGUUCAUAUAUAAUCAUUUUUAAAAAGAAAUUCGAAAAGUGUGGCGA